GCGUAAGUCGUAAUUAGCAUAUACCUCUAACCGUAACCACAAAAGAAUCUUCCUAUAUAAACGUUUAUAAAGCCUGAUAUUAUAAGGAUUUCAACGAAGAACUUAAUUUGAAUGGAUUUUUUCGAGGAUAAUAAUCCAUUCGGGGACCAAAGCCCAAAUCGUUUAUCGAAAUCCAGUAAACAUUCAGAAGAGCAAUUGGCGCCUGGAACACAGAAGGAUCAAAACGAAAAUUACGGAAAUGUAGAUUGGAAUCUAAACGCUAAUUCAGAGGAGAAAGGAAGGAAAGUAGCGUUCUGGAAAGAUUCCAAUAUUGAAGAGGACGAUCUUCCGAAUGCCAUUUUUAUAACGGGUGCAGUAAAAGCAGAACGCGGAAAUCAUGUUGUUUAUAAUAUUAAGGUUAAUAAUUCCGAAGUGCAGAGACGAUAUUCUGAAUUUGCAUCUUUACGAGUGCAACUUGAAAGACUAUAUCCUACAUGCCUAGUUCCUGUAUUACCAGAUAAACAUAAAAUAAUGGAUUAUGUAUUUAAUAUGACUAAAUCACAACGGACGACUCGAUUACUUGAAGAGCGGAAACGACUACUUCAAUCCUUUUUGAGAAGAGUUGCAUUACACCCAAUUCUUGGAAAAUCCGACAUAUUCUUCAAAUUCUUAAGUCGACAUGUAUCGUGGAACGAUGUUUUACAUUCGGCUCCCGUAAGCCUGCUUCCCAAGGAUUCAUUAAAAGUACGCCCAGAAAAUCCAGCUGCGAAUGAUUACGCUGAAUUAUAUUCAAAACUUCCGGUACCUUCCAAAAUGUCUCUUCCCGUUGAAUCUUAUGAUGAAGUAAGCCAAAAUUAUUUAUCUCAAGAGAACUCUUUGAGAAUUUACUCUUUGAACUUACAGGAGCACAUUUCUCGAUUUAAUAGAUGUGUUUUCUCAAUUUCUCAAAUGUCCUUGGCUUGUUCUAAUUUAGGGGCGACUUUUAAUGCACUCUCUUUAUCGGAAUCCGCUCAGUUGAUGACUGCUUUAGAAAGGGUUGGGCAAGCCAAUGAUCAGACUUGUUUGUCAGGAAUAGAUUUUAUACAUGGAUUGGUGGUAGAUGCCAUAGAACCUCUUUCUGAAGUUUCCAAAUCUGCCAAAAGUAUGCGUCAUAUCAUAAUAUUUCGUCGAAUGAAAUAUAUUCAAAAUAUAGUCGUCAAAGAUCUGUUACAACGGAAGAAAGCACUUCUUCAGCAACUAGAGAGACGUGAGCAACAGGCAAACCGAUUGCAAUCAGCCAUCCAAGGAAACGAUGAAGUCUUGGAUGACGAAACACGUAAUCUGUUAGAAGCUUCAAAAUCCGCUUCGCAAUCGAUAUAUGGUCCUGGGCAGCAACAAGAAAAUUUAAACGGAAGAAACGAUGCGUUACACUCAGACUUUCAUGGAAACCUUACUGGUACGUUAGGAAAUGAACCUAACGUGAACGAACAGAUCAACUCUGAACGCAUCCAAGAGUACGCAAGAGAGUUGGCGAAUACUCAUCAACAACAUAGUGAUACUGCUUCUUUUGAUACAUCUGUCUCCACGGUUUUAGUGCCGCGUAAACUCCGCGAUAUGUUUGAUCAAAUUCGGUUUGCCUUUAAUGGGCUAGCAGAUAAUAAUGUUGAAGCAAACCGUCAUAAUACUAUGGGAAGGACAAUAGAGAGUGUCCACCAUUUGGAGAAAAUGGAGGCACUUACCAGCGAAGAUCUCGAAUAUGUAACUACUUCCAUUGGAUCAGAGUAUGAGCGCUACAAAAGAAUUCACGAAGAGGAUAUGUCAAAGGUUUGUAAUAAGAUUGCAGAUCGCCAUAUAGAAUGGGCGGAUAGAAACAUACGUGCAUGGAAAAAUAUACUGGCAGGUUCUAGCUUUUGAUGUUUUCUUUAACUGACAAAUUGAGCUUUUCACCCACGUAUUUGAAAAUUUCGUUGAGUGAAUUCUGUAAACAUUUUCAGUUUUUUUUAUACAUGCUUAUAUUUAUGAUUUCUUUUUACACUUUGUUUCUUACACUUUUAGUUAAACCGGUUAUAAUGUUUAUGUUUUACUGCAUGCUAGUUCACUUACACUUACUCGAUUAUUUUUCAAUGAAUUCCUCAUGUUUUUCUUAGUACUCUCUAUUAAUUAUUAUUUAUAGUUCAAUCUAUCAUUUAUAAUGUAAG